AUGGAUAUUAAUGAAAGCAAUAAUAAUAAUAAUAAUAAUAAUAAAUCAACAAACAACGAUGAUUGUUCAUCACCAAAUGAAACAAGUCCAACAAUUAAUGAUGAUGAUAAUAGUAAUCAUAGUAGUAUUGAAAGUAAUAAUGAUGAACAAGAACAACUUGUUCAACCAAAAGAAGAACCAAAUUUAAAUUAUUAUAAUUCUUUAAUACCUCCUAAAACAGCUUCAAAUGCUGAAAAUCCAUUUGGUAUUCUUUCAAUGUGUUUACCAUCAUCAUCAUCAUCAUCAUCAUCAUCAAAAAUGGUUCGCCCUCAUUCAUUUACAAAUCAUCGUUAUGCAGUUGUACAACCAUAUCCAAUCUCACCUCAUGCUUAUUUUGCUAAUAUGGCUAAAUAUACUGAAGCAGCUGCAGCGGCUGUUGUUGCUGAGCAACAACGUAAUCAACAAGCUGCUAAAUUAGCUGCUGCUGCUGCAGCUGCGGCUGCUGUUGGGGUUGUAGGAACAAAUACAAUUUCAUCAAGUCAUAAUGUUGGAAAUAAUCUAAUUUGUGCUGUUUGUGGAGAUAUUUCAAGUGGGAAACAUUAUGGAAUAUUAGCGUGUAAUGGUUGUAGUGGAUUUUUUAAAAGAAGUGUUAGACGAAAAUUAAUCUAUCGAUGUCAAGCUAAUACGGGUAUGUGUAUUGUUGAUAAAGCACAUCGUAAUCAAUGUCAAGCUUGUCGACUUAAAAAGUGUUUACAAAUGGGUAUGAUAAAAGAAGCUGUACAAAAUGAACGUCAGCCACGUAAUAGUGCUCAAGUUCGUGCUGAUUCAAUUGAUUUUAAUUGUGAUGGUAAUGGUACAACAGUAUCAGUUAUGCAUCAUCGACCAACGAACUCUAAUCCAGCUUCAUCACCUGGUGAAGGUAGUACAUCAUCAAUUAAACAAGAUGAUGAAUGUGAUUUAUCAACAUCACAAGUAUUUCCAAAUGAAACAGAUGAUCAAAUAUCCGCAACAUCAGCACAAAUACUUUUAAUGAUUGUUAAAUGGAUUCGUAAUUUACCAACAUUUUCAAGUUUACCUUUUCGUGAUCAGUUGAUUUUAUUAGAAGAAUCGUGGUCAGAAUUAUUUCUUCUUUGGGCAAUACAAUGUUCAUCAUCAUUAGAUAAUGGUGGUCCUCUUUUUACAACAGCUCUUAAUCGUUAUCAAUUAGAUAAUGAAAAUGGAAAGUCUAUUUAUCGUUUAUUAAAUGAUAUUUUAUAUCGUUUUAAACAAUUAAAACUUGAUCCAAUUGAAUUUGCUUGUUUAAAAGCUAUAGUUCUUUUUCGUUUCGAUAUUCGAUCAUUAAGAGAAUCAAAAAUGGUUGAAAAUUUACAAGAUCAAGCACAAAUAACAUUGGCUCAAUUUACACAAAUUCAUAAUCCAACACAACCAACUCGUUUUGGUCGAUUACUUUUAACAUUACCCUUAUUACGGAGUAUUCCAUCAUUAUUAGUUGAAAAAACUUAUUUUGCACGUACGAUUGGAAAUACAUCAAUGUCAAAAUUACUUGCAGAUAUGUUCAAAAGUUAA